AUGGCCGAGGAAAGACUUGUCGUAUUAAAUCGAAGUGACAACUUGGGCUUUGGUUUUUCUUUGCUAAGUGAAGCCGGUUCGCCUCAUAUCAUUUGCAAAAUCGAAGAAAACUCCCCUGCAGCACGCAGUGGAGAGGUUGAGACGGGAGACGUAUUGCUCAAGGUUAAUGGGACUGAUGUGAACCGGUUCACGACACGGGAAGUUUUAAAAUGUUUACGACUCUCUUCGGAUCCCGUCACUUUACGACUGAAGAAGGACCCUCAAAUCAAAGCGAACGUGAGGAGGUACCUCACAGCAGCAGCCGAACGACGGAAUAGUGGUUCGCGGAUCAAAAGCGAUAAACCAGACUCGCCGCUUUCCAGUAAUUCGAAUAGCAACUCAUCGAGCAAUUCUUCUAGCAACGGGUCGGGCGUCCAAUCGGGCGACAGCUGCGAAGCCCUAUUAGCCGAGGACAAGUUACGGCGGCCUAGGGCUAAUCAGCCCAAAUUCGAAGCGUACAUGAUGACCGGCGAUCUCAUGCUGAACCUGUCGAGAGUCGAACACCCGCACCACAAUCACCAUGCGCCUACACAUAGAACACAUUACCACAGAUAUAAUUCAACGCCAGCUUCUCCAAGCGAAAACCGUGUGCAAGCGAGGGCAGAACUGUCACAGAGACACAAUUCAUCACCAGACACAGGCCUAGUCGGCGAUCAUGCCAAUAAGAUAUUUAAUUCUCAGCCUGCGUCGCCCGCUGGGGGCGCAGCGUCAACAGGGGAAAUGUCGUCUAGAACACAACAGCAAAUAGUCCGCACAUCACGUUCUGAAGACCAUUUACAGUUUCAGAAGGAGUCUUCCCUCAGCGCGGUGGCAGUGGACAUGGAGGAGGACGUGACGUCAUCGCUCAAUACACUGCUCGACGCCCGCCCGGACUCCGCUACGCCAGGACCACGAUCUGACUCCGAUGAGAGGGAUAGAAUUGUAUGGACGUACAACGCACCGGUGUCGCAGUGUAACGGUUCAGCCGCUACGUCGAACUCUACGUCAAUUUCUGAUGGCAUGUCACAAAGGUCAUCAUCGCCAGCGUCUCCGACGUCAGCCUCAUGGUCAGCGUUGUCGCCACCGCAUAGGCAACACCUUGUACCACAACACCACCGCACUUUGAAUGGUGACAUGAGUCUUUCGGAAGCCGUUUCCAACAUAUCUAGUCCAGACUUCCAGGACCAGGACGACAUGUUCGAGACGGGACGUGAGUGUCCCCGGAUGGAACUCUCCGAUCCAUCCGACUCCGAUUCGACGAUACUCGUGUCGGAACCGUGCCACAAACGAGCUAAAUCUGCCACCUUGUCUGAUACCAGUGAUGUUACCCUCAACGGAGCCGACAAAGACUAUAGAAUUGUAAUUCAAGUGAAGGGACCUGAUAAAGGAGGCAAUAAUAACGAUAAUUUGAACAAUAACAACACGAGUUACGCUCAGAACGGUAAAGAAAAUGGGUGCACGUCGCCGGAGAAUCAAGGCUAUCAGGAGUUAGGUUGUGACGCUGGCUCCGACGAAGGUUCGGACGUGGACUCUCUGCAUUCAUUCCACUACAGUCCGAAAGCUGUCGAUAUCCCGUCUGCGGAGCGGCUUGCUAAGCGACUUUACCACCUCGACGGGUUCAAAAAAUCUGACGUCUCAAGACAUCUUAGUAAAAACAACGAUUUCUCCAAAGCGGUAGCUGAAGAAUAUGUGAAGCACUUCGAUUUUACUGGCGCGACCUUGGACGUUGCACUACGGACUUUUCUCUCGCGUUUCGCGCUUAGUGGGGAGACUCAAGAGAGGGAAAGAGUGCUCGUACACUUCUCUAGGCGCUACCUUGAAUGCAACCCUGGUUCCUUUAACUCACAAGACGCAGUACACACGUUAACAUGUGCAAUAAUGCUACUCAACACGGAUCUACACGGGUGCGGCGGUGGCUCAUUCCGCCGAAUGUCAUGCGCAGAGUUCAUAGACAAUUUGGCGGAUCUUAACGAUGGUGAAAAUUUCCCUCGAGAGACCCUCAAGCUACUCUAUCACGCGAUACGAACGCAGCCGCUGCAAUGGGCACUAGAUGCUGAAACACCAGCAGCCACAAGUGGAAACGAAAACCGGAAUAACAGUGCAGGCACUAACCCGUUCUUGCAUGUGCCAGACCAGAGCCGAGCUGUUGAGUACAAGAAGGGUUAUGUGAUGCGGAAAUGUUGUAUGGAACCAAAUGGAAAAAAGACUCCGUUUGGCAGACGAGGAUGGAAGAUGUUCUACUGCACGCUGCGAGAUUUAGUUUUAUAUCUACAUAAAGAUGAACACGGCUUUCGGCGAAGUCAAAUGUCUGAUAAUUUACAUAACGCUAUAAGGAUACACCACGCGCUAGCUACAAAAGCGACAGACUAUACAAAGAAACAGCACGUGUUUAGAUUACAAACUGCGGACCAGGCUGAAUAUUUAUUUCAAACGAGUGAUUCGAAAGAGCUUCACUCAUGGGUGGAGACGAUCAACUUCGUAUGCGCGGCGUAUUCCGCUCCACCGCUUGCAGGAGCGGUGGGUUCUCAGAGGAAGUUCCAGCGGCCUCUGCUACCUUGCUCACAUACCAAGCUCUCUAUGCGUGAUCAGUUGGCUGAUCACGAAGAACGCGUAUCACGAUUGGAAGAAGAGCUCGCGGCCUUAAGACAUGCGCGUGACCACUCUCGCGAACAACAACAUUGCCGAGAUAAGGAUCACUACCUUGUAUACGAAAUAAAAAGGUACCGCACGUACGCGUACGUCAUGCGCACACGCAGCGGCGGCACGGGAGCGGACGAGAGCGCGCCCGCUCUGCCCGAACGCAAUGAACGGACCGAUCGCAACGCCCACAACCCGCCACCGCCAUGA